UCCUAUCUUCCUGUCAAGCUUAUAUACUCCACCUUAAAACGAAGAAGCAAAAUGGCUUGUUCUGCUGAGAUAAAGGACAUUAUUGGUUGUGGGCAGCUUGGAGACUUAAUCGAAUUCUCAUAUCCCAUUGGUUUUUCACACUGGGGGGUAUAUGAGGGAGAUGGACAAGUGGUCCAUUUUGCAGUUGCAGAUGAAAAUGAACUGCAGAAGAUGUUUCGUGUGCACAUAUUACAGAAAGUGUUCCCCUCGUGUGGGAGCAUUCUUCUGGGACAAACUAAAAUCCGGCGUGAGUACAUCACUUGUGUGCCUGUGCCCGAGGGAGCGCACAUCAAAAUCAGCAACGACUGCCAUCACUAUCCAGCAUCCUCUGUCACAGAUAUGAGGAGGAGACUGAAUGGGUUACUGGGUGAAGUGCUUGACUACAACCUGUUAUCUCAGAACUGUGAGCACUUUGCCACGUUUGUGCGCUAUGGAGUGGCCGUGUGCAAUCAGGUACCUCUACAUAAAGACAAGGAGCAAAGGAGAACAACACAGUUGUUCGAGGACAUCAUAGCUCAGAAAACUGUGAGCACAAAGUUUUGAAACCAAUUUGGUACUUAACAAAAUAGGGGUUUACAGUGCCUUGUGUAAGUAUUGACCCCCUUUUCCACAAUUUGUAGUGUUACAACCUAGAACUGAUUUAAUUGAGAUCAUAUGAAUCUACACAAAAUAGCUCAUAAUAGUGAAUCAAUAUAUUUU